AUGUCAAUUAACAUUCUUCGCUCCAAUAAGACUAAGCAAAGUGCUACUGUUGUUAAUAUAAAUGAAGAAGUUGGACAUGUAAAGGUUAGAUUUGUUGAACCGGAUGGAUCUUUUAAAUCAAAAACAUUAUCAAUUCAACAAGUUUUAAGUUGGAAUCCUGAAUUAGGAUUACAGUCACAGAUUUCUUCCAAUACAAGUUGUACAUCCAAUUUAAAUAAUUACUCUACUUUAGAAUCGUCAUUAAGUAGUAAUAUUAAUUUAAGAAUUGGAAAUGUUGUUUCUUUAAAUGAAUCAAGCUUUAAUGACUCUUUCAAUAGUGUAGCUCCAAAAAGUCCAGUUGAAUCUACUAGUUCCACAAGUCAAGGAACAAUAAUAAGACCAUUAUGUAAAACAGUAAAUAAGAUAAAUUUGGUUGAAAAUCAUAAAAAUAAUUUUAGAUGUCUUCCUACUAUUUCUAAAACACAUCCUCACUAUGAUUAUUAUAAGUUAAUACAAGAUGAAGUUUCUGGAGUUCAAUUCUCAUCAUUGGAAUAUUUUGUUGAUAAUGAAAAUGCAAGAAUGAAAGUUUUUGUACGUGUUAGACCAUUAAAUGAAAAAGAUAUAAAUAACCAGGAAAUUGAAAUUGUUAAUAUUCCAAAUAGUCAAAGUUUAAUUAUACAUCAACCUCAAGCUAAAGUAAAUAUGCAAAAGUAUAUAAAUACAUUGUCAUUUCAAUUUGAUGGUGUAUUUGAUGCAAAUGCAACAAAUGAAUGUGUCUAUGAAAAUACAGCAAAAAAUCUUAUUCAAUCAUUUUUUAAUGGUGAUUGUGUUACAUAUUUUGCUUAUGGACAAACUGGAAGUGGAAAAACUUAUACAAUGAAUGGAGAAGGUCUUGGUAUUAAUAGUAAUGGAAUUUAUUCAUCUACUUGUAAGGAUAUUUUUCAACAAAUUAAUAGAAAUCAAAUGACACAUAAUGGAUAUCAUAUUGAUUGUUCCUUUUUUGAAAUUUAUAUGAAUAAAGCAUAUGAUUUAUUAAAUAAGAGAGUUGAAUUAAAAGUACAAGCUGAUCAAAAUGACGAUGUUAAAAUUACGGGUAUUAAAAGAGUUCGUUGUGAUAAACCAGAAGAAGUGAUGAAGUUAAUUACUUGUGGAUCUAGACUUAGGAGCACUGGGCAAACAAAAGCUAAUGCCAAUUCCUCUAGAUCACAUGCCAUUUUUCAAUUUCAAUUAGUUCUAGAUGAAGAUAUCAUAUCAAAAUUUAGUUUAGUUGAUCUUGCAGGUAGUGAACGUGGAGUAGAUGCUGGUAAUGUUGAUAAAAUAACAAGAAAUGAAGGAAAUGCUAUAAAUAAAAGUUUAUUAGCAUUAAAAGAAUGUAUUAGAUAUAUGUCUUCUGAAAAUUCUGAAAGAAUUCCUUUCAGAAACUCUGCUUUAACUCAAUUUUUAAAGGAUAGUUUUAUAGGAAAAAAUUCAAAACUUUGUAUGAUUACAAUGGUGUCUCCAGCAAUAAGUAGUUGUGAAACAACAUUAAACAGUUUAAAAUAUGCUGAACAAGUAACAAAAAUAUGUCCUCGGCAACAAGCUGUACUAAAUAAUGAUAGCAUAUUUAAUCAUUCAUUAAAUUAUUCUAGUAAAGUAAAUCAAAAUGCCAAUAACAACUCUAUGUCUGAAAUUUCUAGCUACAGUCAUUUUGAAAUGGAUACUUCCAAAUAUAAUAGUUCAAUGGAUAUUUUAUUUUCAAUGCAGAAACUAAUAAAUUCAUAUGAGAAACAAUUGUCUCAUUGUAUUGCAAUGCACACUGUUCUCAAUGGUGGAAAUGUAAAUACUUUCCAUGAGACAUUGAAGAACAUUUCACAAUCUGACACAAUUGAUAGACUUAAAAGUUUAAAAACUCAACUUUGUACUUCUAUUGCAAAAGCUGAAUUUAAAAGUGAAUAUUCAUAG